AGGGAGCAGCCUCUCCAGCGCUUGCCGGGCUGUUUGUGUACAGUUUGCCAAAGAUCUCCAGGAGAAACACCCGGAGGCUGGGAAGAAGAAGGAGGAGAAGAAGUAGUAGUGAAGAGCCCGGGAAGGGAGGCGGGGAAAGGGCGAGAGAGGGAGCGCUGAGCAUCCCAUCUUCAUGGCAGGCUGAGUCCCCCACCGAGAGGGCUCUGCCUGGACGGGAAGGAGCCCCAGGGUGCGCCAACGGGGCCGAAGGAGGAGAAGGGGCGGAAAGGGCGGCCGGUGGGGAUCGCCCCGGAGAGGAGAGCAGCAGGAGGAGGAGGAGGAGGAAGGCGCCGCUGCCCCGCUGCUGCCACUGCUGCCAUGAUCACCAAGGAGGCCGGCGACGCCAAGGACCACCAGCUCACGGUGGCACUUCGCAUACGGCCAAUCAGCAUGACAGAAUUGGAAGAAGGAGCCACACUCAUAGCCCACAAAGUGGAUGACCAGAUGGUUGUCCUGAUGGAUCCACUGGGGGAUCCUGAUGACGUCCUCCGUGCUAACCGCUCACGAGAAAAAUCCUAUAUGUUUGAUGUAGCCUUUGAUUUUGCUGCUACUCAGGACAUAGUCUACCGCACUACCACAAAAGGGCUCAUUGAAGGUGUCAUCUCGGGCUACAAUGCUACUAUUUUUGCUUAUGGCCCCACUGGUUGUGGAAAGACCUACACCAUGCUUGGCACAGACAGUGAACCUGGCAUUUAUGUACGCAUGCUCAAUGAUCUCUUCCAUGCUAUUGAGGAAACCAGCAAUGACAUGGAUUAUGAAGUGUCUAUGUCCUACUUGGAGAUUUACAAUGAGAUGAUCCGGGACCUGCUUAACCCAUCCCUGGGCUACUUGGACCUGCGUGAAGACUCCAAAGGUGUAAUCCAAGUGGCUGGGAUCACUGAAGUGUCCACCAUCAAUGCCAAGGAGAUAAUGCAGCUGCUCAUGAAGGGCAAUAAGCAACGCACACAGGAGCCCACGGCAGCCAACCGGACUUCCUCACGUUCCCAUGCUAUACUGCAGGUCACUGUGCGCCAGAAGAGCCGCAUCAAGAAUAUUAUGCAGGAGGUGCGCGUGGGCAGACUCUUCAUGAUCGACUUAGCUGGCUCAGAGCGAGCCUCUCAGACGCAGAACCGUGGGCAGCGAAUGAAGGAGGGAGCUCACAUCAACCGCUCCCUGUUGGCUCUUGGCAACUGCAUCAAUGCACUCAGUGAUAGGGCAGGUGUCAAAUAUGUCAAUUACCGAGAUAGCAAACUCACACGCCUYCUAAAGGAUUCACUGGGAGGGAACAGCCGAACAGUGAUGAUCGCUCACAUCAGUCCCGCCAGCAGUGCCUUUGAGGAGUCUCGCAGCACCUUGACCUAUGCUGAGCGUGCCAAGAGUAUCCGCACAACGGUAAAGCGCAACCUUCUUAAUGUCUCUUACCACAUUGCCCAGUACACAAGUAUCAUUGCUGAUCUGCGGAAUGAGAUUCAUCGACUCCAGCGCAAGAUUGAACAACAAGAGCCACGGCCAGCAAGGCAUGAUAUCCGCAGCAUUCAAGCGGAAGUGCAGCUCCAUGGAAACUCCUCUGAGAGGCAGGAGAUGGACCAGCUGCGGGAACAGCUUAUCAGCACCUUCCGAGAGCAGAUGGAUGUGCGGCGACACCUCAUGGAGCUGGAGAAUAAUUACAUGGAGAUCCAGAUUGAGAGCUCCCGCCACCUACUCAUCAUUGCUGACUGGGAGCAGGAGAAGGCCCGCCGGGCCCAGAAGUGGCGAGAGGAACAGAGGAAAGAGAGCGACACCAAAGACGAAAGUGAGAAGGAUUCUGACACUGGGGAUGACCUGUCCGAUGCGCCGGAGCCACAGGAAGUGAUGUUAGCUCGGGAGCACAUCACCACCCUCCUGGGAGAGCAGGAUAAACUACAGAAGCAGAAGGCAGAGCUAGAGAAGCGCUUCUGGGAGGUUCGGCAGCGUGGUCACCGGCUGGAAGAGGCCUUGCCAUGGCGCAUCAGCUCAGAAGAGCAACGAGAGGUCCUGAGUCUGCUGUGUAAGGUGCAUGAACUUGAGGUGGAGAACACAGCAAUUCAGUCUGGUUCCUUGCUCAAGGACAACCUCAUCCGCCACCAAGAACGAACCGUGCGCCGCUUUGAGCGCCACCGCAGCCUUUGUCAUCGCAUUAUCCAUGAACAGCGACAGAUAAUUCAAGAGUCUCAGAUGUUGGUACCAUCCCACCUUGAAGAACUGUAUCAGGUUUACCUGCAAGACUUGGAAGAAGGCAGCUUAGAUCGAGUUGCUGCUCUUGACCACGUAGCUGUUAGGGCUCUCAAGGACACAUCUGUGCCAAAGCUCCCCCCACUCCCAGCAGAAAGUAUCAUAGACUCUGACCAAGAGAGUGUAAGGACGCUGGGCUCUGAGUAUCAGCACCAGUUGUGGCCGGAUUCACGGAGAGGCACUCUCCCACCCCUUGUUCCAGAGAUAGACAGUAAUGAAACAAAUCAAGUGUUCAAGACCAGUCCUCGGGCCCGGCAAAUCAAGAACUCAGCAGUAGUGACACCACCUCCUAUCCAUGUCAAUGGCAUGAUCAGUCAAGAGUAUGCAGCCCGGGAGAGUUUGGUUAGCCUGGGUAGUCAGCGAAACUCCUCUCCUGACAACAGCGAUCACUAUUCAGAUGGCAUCCUGACGCGUGGAGAGCGUAAGGCAAUAGUGACUGGCACCAAAAGCAUUGCAGUGAAGGCUGCCCGGCGUCGCUCCCGAGUGCUGGAGUCUGACCGACUGAACCUGCUGGAGCCAACUAAGGAGCACAGCAGCCUGUCCCUCCAGUCUCUGAGCGAGAGUGAGGAUCCUCUGUGCCGGGAGACCCCGAAUCUUGGCCAGCCGGCUAGCCCCAGCAUGCAGCAUGCCAUCAGCGAGGACAACUUGUCCACCAGCACUGGUGAGACCAUCCCAAGGAGGAAUGCCCCCAGGCACUCCCCUGGGCCUUGGAUUCGAGUUAGCAAAAAGGGAAGCAAGAAGCUUGAGAAGAGAGAGGAAUCACUAGAGGCCAAGAGGAGAAAGCGGCGGUCACGGUCCUUUGAGGUCACUGGCCACAGGCUUCCAUGUCCAAAAACCAAUGGUGGUCGCUGGCGUCCACUAGAGAGCAGUUCUGAGCACAAGAUUAUGGCAGCAGGAGGGAUGCACAACACUCGCGGCAUUGGAAAAGCUGCAGGACAGUCAUCUAAAGCGAAGCUUCUUCCAGCCCAGCCAUCAUCGGAUCCCGCAGAGGCCUCCUUUCUCUCUGUCACCUCCAGCCAAGCUGGCAUAACCAAGAAAACCUCCCAACCCGGUCAGCGCCCACUACGCCUGAAUUGUGUCGCAGUGCAUGGAACUAACCUUCAUGGCAAGGAUGGCAGGACCCGGCGAUGCUAAAUGCAGAGGACUAACAGGCAGGUUUGGAAGCUCCUUUUGCCGCAAAGUGAGGAGGCAAAGUGGACAAAGGCAUUGUAGGAAGAUGCAGAAAUGGCUGCAGUCACUCAGGGCAAGCUCCCAAAGGAUUGCCUGAUCGGUUGCAGGUAUGACUGUCAGGGUUUCAUCUUGGUACAAGAAUCAUGUCGGCCCCAGGACUGGAUCCUCCAGACAGAAAUAAGUAAUUCUCUGGAUGGCUGGACAGAAAUAAAUAUGUCCAUGUCAAUAUCGGAUGCUGUCACCAGGAUGGAAUUGAAGGAUCCCUUGCGCUGAAGGCACAUGUCUAUUUUCAGCGGAAACACCUUGAAGCUGUAUUUGGAGGGGGAGGGGGGGAGGCAAGAGUGCCACAACAUCUGUGUGGCCCCCUGCUUUGAGAGAAAUCGCCACAUGUGCUGUGUGCUUGCAAUAUUUCUUUGCCUCACUCUUGGGAGUGAAAUACAUUUCUAGUGAACUGGAAUCUUUUAAACCAACAACUGGCCAGAACUUCUCUUAGAAUAGAAAGAGUUCACAAUUUCAAGUUGGGAUCAUGGGGCUGCAUGCUAAUCAUUGGCCAGCCCCAGUUAAAUAAAAGGAUUGUACAGUU